UUUAAUGUGCGUUUAGUGUUGUUGACUUUUUAAUAUGGCGAGUCCCUUCCAACGUGUGUACUAAAAUCUGGUUGAAGACGUUUGAAGAGACUGACAAAAUGUCUGAAUUAAGAGAGAAUCAGAUUGAAUCCAGCGAUGAUGAACUCCCAGAGGAGGUCGCCUUUCAUGCGUCCAAAAGUGCUGCUCUGAAGAGCGUUAAAGAUGCACUGGAAGCAGCCAAAAGAGAAAAGAACCUACUGAAGGAGAAGCGAAAAAAGAGACAACAGCUGUUUCAAGAACAAAAGAAGAGAAAACUUCUUCCUCAAGAGCUCCUGGAGGAAUUUGAUAAAGAACCAAAAAAACAGACAGGUCCAUCAGACAACAAAGGUAUCAACAAAAAAGUAUCAACAAAGCCAUCAGACAACAACAAAGACAAGACGAAGACAGGAACCACGCCUAAGAAAAUCUCAAAAAGUUUACCAGACAGCUACAGAGUAACGAGAAUAAAGGAUGAAUCUACUGCAAAAUCAUUGCAAGAAAAGGCCAUGGACUUCAUUCAGUCCCGUCUUUAUGGACCAGGAACCAAAAGAACAACCAAUGCAGAGCUUCUGUCCCUCAAAAAGAAAAGGGGUGCGAGCCAAGGUGCAGCAGUUGAGUUUGCAAAUAAAAAAUUGGGUGCUUCCCAAAAAGCAAGGAUUGCAAGGUCCAACAAACGGUUUAUACGCCAACAGAAACUGAUUCCUUUAUGAGAUAAAACAGGAGGAAGAACUGCUGAAUUUUGAGUUUAACACCUGGAGGCGGCUUCCAUCAUCCUGCUGUUUUUGACCAUGUGGAACUUUUUUUUUUCAAAAGGACGCCUUUAUUUCAUACAUUUUUCUUUAAUCCUCAUAGUUCAAA